AUGGAAACUCAAGUAUUAUCCCAACUUUCUGCUUCAAAUGAAUCCCUAGAAAAGUCUAUUAAAGAAUUUCAAGCAAUUGAAAAAUAUUGUAAAUUUUAUUUAAGAUUCAUCGCAAAACGAGUCAUUAGAAAAAAUUACUUUAAAUUUAGAAGAUCACAAAUCUAUAAUGAACCAAAUAAAAGCAAUCAACUUUUUAGAAUCAACUCAGCUUGGUAUCAACUAAUUAGCAACAGAAAAUCUGUUAAUCUAUAAAGAUUCAAUUAAAAAUCUCGAAAACACAUGUGUAAACACUAAACAGUCAAACAACAUGAAGUUUCUUGAAGACGAAAGAAUAAAUAAAGAAAGCACGCUUAAUAAAAUCAGAGAAGAUAUAGAAAUGAAAAGAAUUGAAUUAAAAAAUUCAUAUAAGUCAGGGAUCAAAAAGAUAUUUAAGCAGUAA